AUGGGCUGCAUCAUUUCUUAUCGGAAAAAGAAAACGGCAACAAAAGGGCCGCCGGUAAACCUUCCUCGCUUCCACAUUCCUCCAUCAGAAACAAUAAUAGCUGAUGAUGAUGAUGAUGAUGAUGAUGAUGAUGAUCGAGCACAAAAGGCCACAGAAUCGUUGAAGAUGAAUGAUAAAUUAGGUCCCAAGGAGCUGAAGAGAGAAGAAAGCGUUCUUGUUGUUAAUUCUCAUCCUCACUCAUCGGAAUUAGCUGCCUCCGGUUGGCCACAGUGGCUUAUCUCUGUAGCUAGUGAAAGCCUUGUCGGUUGGAUCCCUGGCCGUGAAUCUAACUUCGAGAAGCAAGAACAAAUCGGAGGAGGAACAUUCAGUAAGGUGUUCAAAGCCAGAGAUCUACUCCGGAACAAGACCGUAGCUUUGAAGAGAAUCCGGCUUGAUCUCAGCGACUCAGAAAGCAUCAAGUGUAUCGCCAGAGAGAUCAUCAUCCUACGCAAGUUAGAUCAUCCCAAUGUCAUCAAAUUAGAAGGGUUAAUGCUAGUGGAACAUGAUUCUUCUAUCCUCUACUUGAUCUUUGAGUACAUGGAACAUGACCUCUUGGGACUCUCUUCAUUACUCGGUGACAAAUUCUCAGAAUCUCAGGUCAAAUGCUACAUGAAGCAGCUCUUAAGAGGGCUUGAUCAUUGUCACACUAAUCAUGUACUCCAUCGAGAUAUAAAAAGCUCGAACCUUCUGAUCAACAGUCAUGGAGUCCUCAAGAUUGCAGAUUUUGGGUUAUCGACGUUCUUCGAUCCUCACAACAGUGUUCCACUGACAACCAAUGUUGUAACUCUAUGGUAUCGACCUCCUGAGCUUUUGCUUGGAGCUUCUCAUUACGGUGCUGGGAUUGACUUGUGGAGCACAGGCUGCGUCAUAGCUGAAAUAUACGCCGGGAAGCCAAUUCUUCCAGGGAAAAACGAGACAGACCAACUGCACAAGAUAUUCGAGUUGUGUGGAUCGCCUUCAGAAGAUUUAUGGACAAAGCUAAAGCUACAGCUUUCGACUCCGUUGAGACCAAUGUUUCCGUAUGGAUCACAUGUAGCAGAGACAUUCAAAGACUUUCCAGCUCCUGUGAUUUCGAUUCUAGAGACUUUGCUCUCAAUAGAUCCAGAUUUUCGAGGCACUGCAGCUACUGCUCUCAAGAGCGAGUACUUUAAAACUGAGCCAUUGGCUUGUGAUCCAUCCUCUCUACCAAAAUACUCUCCCAGUAAGGAAAUCAACAUUAAAAUGCGCCAUGAAACUAGAAAACAAGUUUCAAGAGUUACAAGAACAGACGAAGCUCAAGCUGUUCAGCCAAUUCUAGCAGAGCCGCUGCAGAAAACAUGUUCAGAUUCCAAGAGCAGUGACAGUUCACAUACAAAGUCUUCUGAGGAAGACGAGACUCCCAGUUUACCGGAUCAUUCUCCUAGACAAAUGCAAACAGCUAAGGACAUGAUAACCGAUGACGAAACUGGAGCGGAAGUCUCUUACACGGAAACCUCUAGUGAAGACCAGAAUCAAGGUGGAUCGAUGGAAAUGGAGGAACACAUACCUUCGCCAUUAAGUCCAUCUACAGUUACCACAGCAGCAAUUCUGCCCCGUGUUUACGAGAAAGGGACAUCUUCGUCGGGUGAGAGUAGGCGUCAAGCACACUCUGAUUGA